AAUCGGAUUAAAUGGCUUCCAGAGAAAAAAAUUGACUUCUCUUUCUAAAGUUUUUGCAAAACGUUUUGCAAAAACAUAACGACACCUACAGUAAAGCUCUUGAAGUAAGCACAUUUAUUGUUAUGGCGCGUUUUUGCUUGUUGAAUUUUAAUAGCUUGUUUUGAACCCCUUAAGUCCGCAUUUUAUCAGAUAAGAUCAUUUAUGGAGCAGCUCAGCGGCGCACCUGAUUGCAAGGCACAUUAUUUAAAUGUUAAUUAUGUAUAAUUAGUACAGACACCGUGCAUGUAAUCAUUUUACGUAAUAAUGAGGCAUCGCUUGAAUUGGUUUUAACUUCAACUUUAACCUCAAUGUUCAUUCAAUGUUAAUUUACUGUCUGGGUUCUGCAGUCUCGAGAACGGCAGACUGGGUUGCCAGGUUGUAAAGAUUCUUAAGGGUAAAUAUAAAUGUAGGUAAUGGUUGUUGACGUCACAAACGUGCGUAUUUAUUAUUGCACCCAUUUAUUCAUCAUAUGUGAAGGUUGCUGCUCCAGCAGGUUCACUGGAGGACUCGUCUUGGUGUGGUCAAAAGCUGAUGCAGCCAAGCUAGGUCUUAUUAACCCACUCGAUGUAUUUAAUUACUUAUUGCUAACGAGGAAACUGGCCAUCAUUCAUUUUUUUACGUGGCACAAGCGCUUCUCGCCUCCGUCCAUUUAAUCCGAUUACCUGUUUUAUUCGGACUGUUGCUGCACUUGUCGACCUGGCUGCUCCUCUGGGAUGUAAACACAGGCGAAGCCGCCACGGAAAUCUUUACCGCUCACAGCCCAUUAGACUUUUAUGAGUAAUCGACAAGAUGUAAAGCGAUUAUAUGACUCAUAGGCUUAUGUAAGCAACCAUAAAUGAUCCCUUUAGGCCAACCGGGGCGAGAAUGGCCAUAUAUAAGGCACAGGCCCUUUGAAUGAAUGCUCCACUGUGCGAAGCGUGAUCAGCAGUUCCCCGUCUCUCCGCCUCUUUUACGGCUGCGUUGGAAGCUCUGAUGUUGUUAUUUACGCCGGAUGAACCGCCACCAUUUACUUUAUAUAUGCCACCAGCCUUUGAUCUGUAGCUACUUGGCUUCCGCGCGUGGAUUCCGGGUGAAUCCCCUCGUCUGAUGACGCCGCCACAUCCCCGACAAACGCGGAGAACUGUAGCUAAUUCUGGUCUCUAUAACAAGCGGCAGCUGCUUCAUCCUCGGGACACGCGCGUCUCCUCGUCCCGACUGGCGCUCGAAGGAGAGUCCGCACUGCGCAAAAAACGCAAACGACCCGGGAUCGAGUAAACCUGCGACAACAUGUCAAAAGACUUUAUGGAUGAAUACGAACCUCUGCUCAAAAAAGAAAUCAAAACUAGAAAAUGGCCAAAGCUUCCAAACAAAUCUCUUCUCCUCGCCGCCUGCGCCGCCUGCAUAGGAGGAACCUUCCAGUAUGGAUAUAAUAUAUCCGUCAUCAACGCGCCCACAGUGUAUGUUCAGAAUUUCCUCAACCAGACCUGGAGAGAACGUUACCAAACCGACGUGUCUCCUGAUUUCAUCACCCUCCUGUGGUCCAUCAUAGUGUCUAUGUUCACCUUAGGAGGAUUCAUAGGAGUCACAAUUGGUGGGACAUUGUCAGUAAAGCUGGGGAGGAAAGGGACAUUGUUGACCAACAACAUAUUUGCAUUGCUGGCGGCUCUGCUGAUGGGCCUGAGUUACCCCACGGGCUGGUUUGAGUUGCUCAUCGUUGGACGUCUCCUCACUGGGAUAAAUGCAGGCAUAGCCAUUUGUGUGCAGCCUCUAUAUUUGGGGGAAAUCGCUCCGACGGCGUUCCGCGGUGCAAUGGGGAUGGGGACUUCCAUUUUCAUCACUGGAGGGAUCUUGACUGGACAAGUUGUCGGCCUCAAGGAGCUCCUGGGCAGAGAGGAGUACUGGCCCAUCCUGCUCUCCACCACGUGCAUCCCAGCCAUCCUGCAGCUCCUCAUCCUGCCCUGGUUCCCCGAGAGCCCGCGUUAUCUGCUCAUUGACAAGGGAGACAGCGAGGGCUGCAAGAAAGCCCUGAAGCAGCUGCACGGCGUUGCUGACUGCGACGGCGAACGGGAGGACAUUGAGAAGGAGAAGAACAACCUAGUGGGAGUCCAGGCCAGGAAGCCGUGGCAGCUCCUGUCUGACGGCAGCGUGCGAGGGCAGCUGAUCACCAUCAUACUCCUGAACGCAGCGCAGCAGCUGAACGGCAUCAAUGCUAUUUACUUCUACGCCGACUAUGUUUUCAAGCAGUCUGGUAUCCCCGUUGAUAAAAUACCAUAUGUGACUGUCGGCACCGGUGCCUGUGAAUGCAUCACAGCUUUAACCUGCGGCAUGCUCAUCGAAUGUCUGGGAAGGAAAGUGCUCAUCACAGGAGGAUACACGCUGAUGAGCAUCUGCUGCGUUUUGUUCACAAUCACACUCAGUUACCAGAACGCCAGCCCCGUUGUCCCGUACUUGAGCAUGGCCUGUGUUUUUGCCUUCAUCCUGAGCUUUGGCUUGGGACCAGGCGGCGUGACCAACAUCUUGACCACUGAGCUGUUCACGCAGACCUCGCGCCCGGCGGCCUACAUGAUUGCCGGCUCAGUGAACUGGUUCAGCUUCUUCUUCAUCGGCCUGCUGUUUCCUUUCAUCGUGAUCGGGCUGCAGCAGUACUGCUUCCUGGUGUUCCUGGUCAUCUGCUCCUUAGUGGUGGUUUACAUUUGCCUUGUGGUCCCUGAAACCAAGAACAAGACCUUCCUGGAAAUCCAAAACGAGUUCCAGUCGUCCAACGGCAGCAAGGUCAGCAGCACCGAUGGAGCCGGGACGACGCUCCUGUCGACAACCUCCAUAUGAAAUGUCAGCUGUUUUACAUCACGACUCACAAAAUGGCACAAAUCUUUUAUGUGCACAGCAGAACAGGACCUGUAGAUCACUGCAACAAUGUAGCAUUAUCAUGCUUUCCGCAUAGUCAUUAGUGCAUCACCUCACAAACGCACACAUGAAUGGAACUGAUCCUAAGAAGGAAUAUUUUGGUUUGUAAAUCUUUUAUAAAUGCUCUUUUACUGAUGUUUUUGAAUAAAGGUCAAUUCAUAAAUGA